UAGAUUGCUCGGUCUCUAUUCUGAUGUCUUGAGUUGGAUGCAUGAGUUGACUGUUUUGAGUAAGUGGUUGAGUCAAGUCUAGGUUGGUUGGUGAACAGAAGGGAGACACUUCCUUUACUCGAUUUUGCUGCACUCGAAUGUCCUUUGUAGUGGUUGUCCAAGUUGCUAUUGAAGUUGGUCAGGUAUUGAUGUUUGAAAACCAGUACGAUUCACGUGUUCUGUGCCUUUAUGACUUGUCCCCAAAGUUAGUUGAUUGAAAUAUGUGAGCUUACCUUGUGUCUGACUUGGUUUGCUUGGGGACAAGCAAACGGUUAAGUGUGGGGGAGUUUGAUAGACCUUUAAUUACACAUGUUUUUACCCCUGUUCUUACACCGUUUGAGAUGUGAUUUCUCGUGUUUUAGGCCGAUUUCACGCUAGGUUGUGCUUGUUUGUGAUAUUUCAGGUCCUAGUACGUGAAUGGAGGCUUGGGAGCGAGUUUGGGGUCGAUUGGAUGAAGAUCGGGCGCAAGGAAAGUCACAAAGGAGGCCACACGGGCACACCCACAACUCACACGGCCGUGCAAGUGACCACUUUGGCCGUGUGAGAUUGUGCGAGAGCAAACACGGCUUGCCCUGAUAUCCACACGGUCGUGUGAAGGAGUGGUCUGGCCGUGUGAGACUGUGCGAGAGCAAACACGGGCAGGAUGGAAAUCACACACGGCCGUGCGACCCUGGCCGUGUGGGAAGCCUGAAGAUCGAACUAAUUGGAACGCAGCGUUUUGACUCACACGGGCAACUGGGUAUGCCACACGGCCGUGUGGCCCAGCCCGUGUGAGUUGGGAUUUCCUGGUUUUAACCCAAUUUCGGGCUGCAAGAGAGGGGAUCAGACUUUUUGAGCAAAAACAGAGCCCUAGAGAGAGAAAGGACGAAGAACACAUCCUAGAAGCUAUCUUGGAGCUGGGUUUCAUCAAAUCAAGCUUGGAGAUCGUCAUAGGAGUGGAAAUCAUCAUCCCAGAGCAGAUUCUUCCCAUAAGUAUGAGUAUGACUGCUUUGUAUCUUGUUUUCCUCUCUCUCUCUAUGGAGUAGAACCCCUCUCUCACUUGGGGAUGAAGAGCCCUAGUUCUAUGUGUUAGGGAUUGAUUGUAAUGACUUGAGAUGAUAUUACUGUUUGAUUUUAAUCGAAUGAUGCAUGUUUAUUGAGUCAAUUGAAGUCUGAUCAACUUUUCCUGAUUCCUGCUGGAAUCUGAGAUAGAUAGAAUCUGAUUAGGUUGCUAGAGUCUCAUCAUUCGAUAGUAGGAGAUUGGCUAUACGAGAGUUAGCCAGUUUACUACUUUGUACUGGAAUCCAAUUCCAGUAGUGGAGUUCUGUUCUUACUGCUUCAGCUUUCUAUCCCGGUGAAGACUAGUCGUCUGUCGGGUAGUUAGACUGAGAGGGCUUGGUCAGCUUAAGAGAUUCCAAGCUACUGUCGGAUCUUCCGCAGUCUAAUCAAUAGUAAAUCAACCCAGGGAAAUACAAUUGAAACUUAACUAAGGAGCUAGGGGGACUCAUUCCCGAGUGACUCUUACCUGCUUGAGAAAACCGUACCAAUUCCUGCUUUCUUGCUGCUUUUAGUUUAAACACAAAUCACUCGACUUAGUUGGUUAGAUAAUAAAUAAUCACGGAGUAAGCAGUAGAUCUAGACCCCGGGUUGAUAAUAGAACUUGCCUGUUACUGCAUUCCCGGACUGCGAUUACACUUGGUCGCAGUUUGGUGUUGUGUUUUGGCGUGUCAUCCACCCACGUCGGGAAUAAAAGAAAUAAUUAGAGAAAGUGAACUUCAUAAUUUUUUACAAAAAAAUUUCCCCAAUCCUUCUUCCGUGUGCUAAUCGCCUAGUCCCUUCCCUAUGAAAAAAAAUCCAAGCAUACUAAAAUGAUCCAGUCAUGCAAAUGAAGAAGGGUGGUAAAUUGCAUGCAAGUAAAAUUUAAAGAUUGAGUUAUCUAAUCAAAUCGUAAUCAACCACCCCUUUUUCCAUCAUUCGCAAGCUCUAACAUAUAAGUGACAAAGAAAUCCACAAUAUCGCUUCACUGUAACAAUACAGUAUUAUUGAAGAUUGGUGGCUUUUUCUUCUUCUUCGUUAAACUAGCGUAGAAGAUAUACAAAAAGGGGGUUUAAACAAGUGAUAAGAGAAGGAAGAUUAAGAAAUGAAAAAUAGAGACCGAGAGGGGGAGUUGAAAUUGAGAGAGAGAAGUGGCUACCGACGAUGGGGAGAAGUGACUACCGACGACGAUAAUAUUGACAUUGAGAGAGAGAAGUGAACCAUGAGCCGGUGAGCACUAAGCAACUUUUUGUAGGGAAUAUAGGGUUUUCUUUAAACCUUUUUAUUUCUCGGUGUUGGUAAGAUAUAUAUGAAAGGGAAAAAACAAUACUAAUUUUUUAUUGCUAAAAAUAAAAAAUUUAACAAUAAACUAAUGCAUGGAUUCUAAUGGGCUAACCGCUAACCAUAGGAUAAAAGAGUUGAAUGGACUUGACCCAUACGGGAUUUGGCCAUCAAGUAAAACUAAUGAACAUCAUGGGGUUGCCAUCCUAAAACAUGCUAUUUUCUCUAUCAUAACAUAUAUUAUGCUAUUAUUUUAUAACUUAGUGGCUAACAUAUAAUGUAUCUUAAAGUUAUUAAAUGGUUCGACCUCAACCAACUAGAUUAGUCCAAUAUUUAUAAUUUCAAAUGUAUAUUAUGUCAUUAUUUGAUAUUCUAAUAAUUAAAUUAUAGUGUAUUUUAUAGGCGAAUUUUUAUCCGGUUUUCUGGAAUUCGGUUUCUAUCAAACUUACUCCACCUCAUCAUAUUACCAGAAAUAAUAAUGUUUCAUAAGGUAACAGGUACUCGAACUUGGUUCAUAAGACUGAUUGUUGAUUCGUUGCAUCAUCAAUGUCUCUUUCUUGCUAAAAUUCACUAUCUUUAUCACGUGUUUUCAAAAAAAACUUACAACAAUAAACUACACACCCCAUUACCUUCUAAAAUUUCAUACCCAAGCUAGUGAUUAAUAGGAGGGUUGAAAAAGUCGUUAAGACCAAUGACAUUGGUCUCCGUGAUGCGCAUUGGCCACCGCAGUGGCAUCUAAUUGCAUUUUUCUUCGCAGAUUAACCCUAAUCUCACCUUCCUAAACAAACCAACUUGGCUCCCCAAGAAGGAAAGGAAAUGGCUUCUGUAUCUUUGUUCAGCGUCGGCAAAACUGUUCUUGAGAAGCUGGGUCCUCUUGUUCAACAGGAGGUUGCACUGCUGUGGAACCUUCGAACCGAACUCAAGAAGCUGGAAGCCACAGUGACAGCCAUUCAGGCGCUUCUGCUUGACGCAGAGGAGCAGCAGGCACACCGUCACCAGGUCAAAGAUUGGCUCGAGAAGCUUUCGGUCUUAUUAUACGAUGCAGAGGAUCUACUUGAUGAUGUAGCUACUGAAGCUCUCAGAAAGGAAGCGCGUGGUGAUGAUCAUGAUUACUGCAGCAGCAGGAUCCAAUGCUGGAGUGCGGUAUGCUUUCUUUUCAUCACCCUUCCGAACAGCUUGCUUUAUGGUCUUAAAAUGGCUCGCAGAGUCAAGAGUCUUAGGGAGCAGUUGGAUGCCAUACAUGCUGAUAACACCACAUUGCACCUAAAUCCUCGUUUUGAAGAGAAAGGUAAAAUGAAGAAGCAUUCCCAUUCCAUUUCUUCCAUCCCCGACAUAUUCGUCGGUAGAGACGAUGACUUGGAGCAGAUGAAGGAACUUCUUCUGCUGCCUGAUAAUUAUAGUAUUAGUAGUCGUAAUGUCUCUGUGGUUUCCGUAGUUGGGAUGGGAGGGAUGGGUAAAACCGCACUUGCUCAGCUCAUCUACAACGAUAGGCAAGUCAAGGAGCAUUUUAAGUUGAGGUUGUGGGCAUGUGCGUCGGGCUCCUUCGAGAUCGAAGUGAUCCUCCAAAAGAUUCUAGAGUUAGCCACUGGAGAGAAGAGACAGGAUCUUCAGCUUGAGACACUGAUAAAUCUCCUUUUGGGACACAUCAGUGAGAAAAGGUACUUCCUUGUGCUUGAUGAUAUAUGGAACUUUAGUUUAGAGGAGUGGGAUAAGUUGAGAUCUGUGCUCAAGGGUGGUGCUGUUGGAAGCAAGAUCUUGGUCACCACUCGGUUUGAAAAGUUUGCAAGGAUUAUGAGCCGUGGUUCUUCUCAGCCACCCUAUGUCUUGAGAGGUCUAUCUUCCCCACAGUCAUGGUCAUUGUUUUGGCAAGUUGUAUGCGUCACUGAACACCAAUUAGCUGAUAAGGAGGAACCACUUAACAUAGCUAGUGCGGAAGAGAUUCAAGUUGAGAUCUUUAAGAAGUCUAUGGGGGUACCGUUAGCUGUGAAAACGAUAGCAAACGUGUUGUCUUUUAAAGAUCCUCAAACUGAGUGGUUGUCCAUCCUUAGAUCUGAUAAACUUUUAGUUGCUGAACAUGAGGAUGGCAUACUCAAUAACUUAAAGCUGAGCUAUGACUAUCUUCCCUCCCAUUUGAAACAUUGCUUUGCAGUUUGUAGUCUGUUUCCCAAAAAUUACGAGAUUCCUGUUGAACACCUCAUCGGUAUUUGGGUCGUACUAGGGAUUAUUAAUUCAUCAACACCUAAUGAUUCUCAACAAAGUUUAGUUGAUUUGGGUCUCCAAUGUUUCAUGGAUUUGGCAUGGAGGUCAUUUUUUAAAGAUAUAAAACGAGACUUUUCUAAGAACUUAAGCUCUUGUAAAAUGCAUGAUUUGAUACAUGACCUUGCAGCCUCAGUAGUUGGGUCUAGUUUUAAGCAAAUAGAUGAUCCAAAGGAUGAAAUCAGUGAAAAUACUUAUCAUAUCUCAUUGAACCACGGUCUGUGGUACCCUUCAAAACUAGUAGCCCACCUGAGUAGAGCCAAACGGCUGAGAACGUUUUGUGCCCAGUAUUUGAAUUGGUACCAUUUGGGCACGAGUUGGGAUGGCUCCACUUUCAAAGCAUUUGUUUCAAAUUUUGGGAGUUUACGGGUACUUGAUUUUAUGAACUGCGGGAUGGAAAUGGUGCCCCAUCACAUCCAAGUAUUAAAACAUCUCAGAUAUUUGUGUCUUGCACACAACGAGCAGAUGACCAAGCUACCAAAUUCCAUCACAACGCUUGUAAACUUACAAGUGCUUAUACUUUCUCACUGCAAAAGCCUCCAAGAGUUGCCAAAAGAUAUUAGCAAACUCGUAAACCUAUGGGUCCUUGAUUGCAACAACUGUUGGUCCUUAACCCAUAUGCCAGCUGGGCUAGGUGAACUGACUCGUCUUCAAACAUUGCCAUGGUUUGUGUUGGGGAAGGAUAGUUCCUCUUCUAAGCAUGUAGGUGGGUUGAAUGAACUGAGUAGGCUUCACAACUUGAGAGGAGCACUCGAGAUAGUGAAUCUGGGACGACUUCGGGGAAGAACAAUAUCGUCAUCACCACCGUCACUGGCAUCUAAGAUUGGAGCCGCCGCAAAUUUGAAGGGGAUGCCCCACCUUGAUUCGUUGUUACUACCUUAUGAGGAAAAAGAAGACAGCAGAGGAGAAGAAUGCUUGAAGGGAUCAAAGGAAGAUGUUGAAUGGGAUGAAACCUUACUGGAAAGCCUACAGCCCCACUCGAACCUACGAACUUUCAUGAUGUCUGGAUACAGAGGAGGGAGAUCUCCUAGUUGGAUCUCUACUCUCACUAACCUAGUCACCUUCACUUUAGGAAAUUCUAAAUUGCAUCAUGGUUUGCACCAUUUGCAAGGAUUACCAAACCUUCAAAAGCUUUGCUUGGCUAGAUUGAUUGAGUUAGACUACAUGGAUGAAUAUGAAGAAGAACCAGAAGACGGCAGAAGCUUACUCAAACCAUUCUUCCCUUCACUAGAGGAACUACAAUUGAUUUGUUGUCACAAGCUAAAAGGGUGGCGAAGGAAGUCAUCCCAAUUCCCUAAACUUUCUACACUGCUGGUACAGUGUUGCCCUCUCCUGACAUCGAUGCCAUUAUUCCCAACACUUGACAAGGAGCUAAAAUUGGAGGCCACUAGCCUAUUACCCUUUCUAUGCACAAUGAACAACUCUGUGUCGUCAUCAGGACAUACUGCACCAUCGAGUUCAUCAUCAGCACCACAUCCUCUGUCCAGACUGAAGAAAUUGCAUAUCUUUAACAUUCAUCAUCCUCCGACAGAGUGGCUGCAGGGUAUGCAACACCUCUCUUUUUUGCAAGAGAUUGUGAUCAACAACGUUUCAGGGCUGAAGGCAACUUUGGAUUGGCACAACAUCUGCCACGUUUCCAGUAUCAAAAUUGAUGAAUGCUACCUUAAACGAGAUGGCGAGUUUGUAUUAGAUACCAGCUUCUCCCGAAGAAUAAAGGCAAUCUUUAAGGCAGUGGCGAAAGGGAACGCCAGGCAGUUUCCAAGAUGGAGUAUCCAGGAAAUGGAUUCGGUGAAGAAAUGAGCUUUCGUGUGAGCUCUCACAGAACCUCCGACUGCAAAGAGGAUUCCAUCUGAUUUCAGUGGUAUGAUGACUUAUUACCGCCGUGAAAGCUUGAAUGUUGGAUCUCCCUCGUCAAUACAGAAACCAAAACGCAUAUCCAGGUAAUGCUUGAUGGGUUCAUUCAUCAUCUCUCAUAUACUUUAAAUAAUUCACAGAAACGGCCAAGGAUCCUGUCAGCUGUUUUCUAAAAAUAUUAAUGGACGAAGUAUCCUAUAUGGCUUCGGCAAAAGUAUUUUUCAGCAGUUUCUAGAGCCCAGCUCUGCCGUCAAAUGCCUAUGUCAGUGAUCCAUGUCCUCUGUUCAUCUCAUCGUCCCCUGCACCAUUAUGUCUUCCUUCACUGAAUUAAAAGAAUUAUGUAAUGAUGCACCAGAUGAUGACGAGACAACAAUGAUGGACUGUCUCUCUUUUAUCAUAGUAACACAUUCAAAGAGUGAUAAGUCUGCUUGACUAUGAAUUCUGGGAAUGCAAAUAUAUGUUCUAUGGUGUUACUGAUCCUUGCUAGGACUAUGAAUAGCAUCACCCUCAAGUUCUUUGUAACUGGAUGAUCGAAUCAUUUUCCACUAGACUGACGGACCACCUGUGUUUCAAAUGCUCUGCUGACCUUCGAUCUCCACCUUAUCCAACUCCACCAUACAAAUUGUUAGUAUGUCUGUCUGCCUCUCGCAGUCAGCCUAUUUAGACACUAUGUAUGGUUUCGACUUCUAACGGCUGGUUAGUUGUUCUUGUUUGAUGGUACAGGAGUAUCAUUGCUUAGUCGAUGUGGCAUCCCAAAACAGUUCAAUACUACGAAGCAACCUGGUAUAUUUUUUUCGGCUUUUCGCUUGUUACGCUGAUGCAAUGCAUCCCAAUUUCCAAGUUCUAACCCAUACAUAACCCAAUUAUUUUUCAGGAAGGAGAUAGACUCACAGUGGACUUGGAGUAUGUCUCAGGCGGUUCUUCGAUUACCAAACUGCUAGAUGAAUAUGUCCCGUUUGCACAACCUGUAAUCCGCACCUACGCUGAGCAGAUUAUACAAGGGUUGGCUUACCUGCGCCGAAGAAAAUCAAGCUCACAGGUUUCUCCAAAUUGCAAUCCAAUAAACGUAUCACCAUAGGAAACUAAUUACUCUAUCAAUGGAUUUUUCUGAAAGUGUUUCUUCCUUGUUCUGCUGCGGGGAGAGGCAUCCUGACUCCUGAGAUCCCAAGCUAUCUAGUAUAUCAAGACUGGAAGCAUUUCGUGCGACAUUGCCUGCAGAGAAAUCCAUCUGCCAGGCCUACAGCCGCUGAACUGCUACGUCGCCCUUUCGUUCAGAAUCGGAAGUACAGUAGGAGACGAUGCGAGCGCCUGUUCUGUAGUUCUGAACAGUAUUAUGAUGAAUUUGAGAUGAACCGCUUUUGAUCGAGCUAUAACAAUGCAAAUGAUGAGCUGUUCUGUAGCCAGAUUGUGCAAUGUCAUAUAGAGGCGGAGCUCAGAUUUGGAAAUCGAGACUUGGAGUUUCUUAGUGUAUUAUUACAGAGGCGGAGCUAAGAUUUAUUAUUUGUAAAUGCACGUGACGUUAGUUGAGAUAAUUAGAAUCAUUCAAAAUAAAAUCCAAACUAAAGUUUUUACUAUAUUAUGUUCAACGAGUAACUACGUAUAAGCUCCCUUCAUGGCAUCCGAUAAAAUUUGAAUGGUACG